AGGCCCCUUUGGAAUUUCCCUUCCCUUUUGUUUCUCAUCAACCAGUUCAUCCUUUGACUGAUCACAACCCGAGCUCAUCUUCAAACAAUCCUUUGAAUCUAGGGCACUUAGCUACCCUUUACACCCCUCCGUCAAUUGAUUCCCAAGGCAGCCCUUAGCUACCUGAGUCAAGUUCCCAUCCACAAGUCCCCAUUUCAAACCACCUGUCAACUCAACCAACUUGUGCCUCAGCCACAAUGUCUUCUGCCAUCGACAACCUUGCCGAAACCCUCAAGAACACCAGCAUCGAGGAAGCCUCUGCUGCCAACAACGAGAGCGUUUUGGCCUCCGCAGCCGAAGGUCGUCGAUUGUACAUCGGGAAUCUCGCAUAUGCGACCACUGAGGCGGAACUCAAGCAAUUCUUUUCUGGCUAUGAUGUCGAGUCGACUUCCAUCCCCGUCAACCCCCGCACCAACCGCCCCGUUGGCUACGCCUUUGUCGAUCUGAAGACGGCAGAGGAGGCGGAGAAGGCGAUCGAGGAACUCUCCGGCAAGGAGAUCCUCGAGCGCAAAGUCUCUGUUCAAGUCGCCCGCAAGCCCGAUCAGGCCGCAACCCCUGAGGGUGGCGCUGAAGGUGCUGAUGCCGACCGAAAAAGAUCCGCAGGACGCGGUCGUGGUGGCCGUGGUCGUGGCCGAGGUGGACGUGGCCGGGGAGGAGCAAGAGGCGCUGCUGAGGGUGGAGCACCUGCCACAGACCUCGCAGAGAACCCCCUUCCUCUUACCGAUGUCACUGCCGAAGCCAACAAGGCCGCGCCCGCCAUCGAUGCCAAAUCUCGAACUCCCCGUCCCCCCAAGCAACGCGGUCCUCCGGAAGACGGCAUUCCCUCGACCACUAAGGUCAUGGUUGCCAACUUGCCCUACGACCUGAGCGAAGAAAAGCUCAAGGAACUCUUCGCCGCAUACCAACCCAGCUCUGCCAAGAUCGCCCUGCGUCCUAUUCCUCGAUUCAUGGUCAAGAAACUUGCGGCUCGCAACGAGCCUCGCAAGGGCCGUGGCUUUGGCUUCGUCACUCUUGCCUCGGAGGAGAUGCAGCAGAAGGCUGUUGAGGAGAUGAACGGCAAGCAGAUCGAGGGUCGCGAGAUCGCAGUCAAAGUCGCCAUCGACAGCCCAGGAAAGGAAGACGGUGCAGCUGAGACCACCGAAAAUGGCGAGAAUGGCACUAACGGCACAACCGAAGAGGUUGCUGCUGCUUAGGUGAAGAAAGCGAGCGCAAAACAUUGGUGAACACCAGCACAGGAUGAAGGAAAGACGAUAUUCCUUUUAGCAAGGCAUGCUUUUAUGGGGAAGGCAUGGGAAGGCUUAAUUGCUUUUUCCAGGUGCACCUUGAAGGAGUGAUGCUCGAGGCUGAAGUAUCGGAACGACUAGUCAAGGGAGGUUGACGGAUCAGCCCACACGACAACCAUAUCUUUCUUGCCUAGGUGGCUGUAUCUUCCAAUACCUUAUAAUAUUUCUACCAAAAGUCCCAAUGCGCCGCUCUAUUGUGAUCCUAGCUGAGCUUGUUUUGUUUUCCUGGUGGUGGCGUCUGUGCGAUUCUCCUGGAUAUUGCUCAGGAGAGGGUACGGAACCUCAUCUGUAUUGCAACCAGAGAUCCUGUUAAUUUUGAUGCGUCGGGGCCCUCUAUUGCCUGUAGAGAAACGCAGAUAGUGGCAC